AUGAAAUUCAUCCUUGCUUUAUUAUUUGCCUUUUUAGCUUUUGCUAAAGCCGACUAUAUUUUCAAUUCACUAUCAAGUGAUAGUUGUUCCUUUAGUGUUGAUACUGAUCAAUGUAAAAUUGCCCCAUGUUUACCUGGUGCUGUAGUCAAGGUUACCAAUGAAGGUUCAACAGGUACUCAAUUAUAUUUUGGUCCAGAUUGUUCUUCUUUCCCAGUUAUACUUCCACUUGUAUGUGAUGCUAAUGUUACAUUAACACAAAAUCAUGUAAAUUACUUUUAUAAAUUUGAAUGUAAUCCAAAUACUGUUUCUUCAAGCGAUGAAAACUCUUACAACGAAGGUAGCUCUGCCGCCAGUGUUUAUGUUAGCUUCACCAUUUUAUUGUUAGGUUUAUUAGCUGCUUUAUUGUAA